AUGGCUACCAGUCCAGUCUACAACCCCCUCCACCCCUCUCGAAAAGAAAUCAGGCUGCUUGAGAUCACUGCUGUGGAUCCGAGCAUAGUUUGCAAACUAAGCAUUGUCUCACUGCACGAUUCUCCGACAUUCUGUGCGCUAUCUUAUGUAUGGGGCAGCGCAAAGGCCGCCGAAGAGAUCACGGUCAAUGGAUCACCGCUCCUCAUCACCAAGAGCCUUGCGGAUGCUCUGAAAUACAUACCAAUGCACUGGAAAGCAUCAUCACCACCCGGCGACACCCAGCCACUUCGACUUUGGGCAGAUGCGAUUUGCAUCAAUCAGGAUGAUGUGCAAGAGAAGAACCAUCAGGUGCCUCUUAUGACAGAAAUCUAUUCCUCGGCAGAGAUGACUUUUUGCUCUCUGAUGUCAGGAUCUUCAUCGAUGAUUGGGAUUGCGAUUGACACUUUACACCUGAUCGCUACUCGUGCAUCGGAAAGCGGAUAUGACCCAGAGUCAAAAAAUCAAACCCCGAAAACGGAUUGGAUGCUUAAGGAGCUGGCACUGUUUGGGCCAGGUCCUGAGGACCCAAACUUUCCGGCAGAAUUACAAGCUCCACCUGGUAUCGGAGCUCUGGGCGACAAUCAAGCUGCAGACGCUUUGUCACAUUUCCAGCAUCUUGAAUACUGGUCGCGUGUUUGGAUCUUCCAAGAAGCCGUGCUCGCUAAGCAUGCGAUCUUCUUCCAUACAUCUCGGGCCAUAAAGUUUGACACGCUUUUCGUUGUGGUACAAUGGGCUUCUGAAGUCAAAAUGCAAGAGGCGCCAGAGGGGAUCGACUUUUUUCUAUGGAGGAAUAUCACAAGUUUUUCCACUUUUGGCCCCUUAUGGAAGAUGCGCUACGUCCUAACGUUGGUAAAAACCUGUCGGGCUAUGGCGGUUCAAUCGCUAGUACGCUCAGCAGCAAUGUCAAGGAAACUGGAUUUCUACGGCAUCACCUUAAAAGCAACAAACCCCAAGGACCAUGUCUAUGGCCUAGUCGGGCUGACACGCUUGGACAUCGUCCCGGAUUACAGCCCUAGCACAUCUGUCGGAGCUGUCUACGUCGAAUUCUGUGUUAAGCGCCUCAAGGAUCUGAAAUUCGACUCGGCACCUUUGGACUUCCUCGAAUACGCAGGUUAUGCGAACAAAUCUCCCGAGAGCAUAGAAUUGCCCUCUUGGGUACCGAAUUUCCCAGGCAUUUCGGCCAAUGGAAAACAAUAUGUUGCGCCCUACUUGUGUCCCUCGUCACCGGAGGAUGGGGGAGAUUGGGACGAGUCCUGCGAUCACACGAAGAAUAUUUCUAUACAAGGAGAGAGUCUUUUGACUUCUGCACUGAUUAUCGGAUCACUCGACGACGUCAGCGAUGCCCUCACCUGGGAAAACGACAUGUGGCCGGGGCAAUUUGUCGCUUCCAUCUUUAGAGUCAUGAGCCAUGAGACCAAAGAUCAUAACAGACCUCCCUCACAAUUCAAUGACCGCCGCCAUCCCUUGUUGAGACUUGCAAGUGCGCUCUGCGGGAAGAAGAUCGAGUCUGAUGUCUGGGACUCGCCAGAGGUUCUGCGGGUUCUUCGAUUGUUGCAAUGGCUCCUCAUGAGAGAUAGUGAACAUCUAGAUGUUCUUUCAACACUUGUGGGUUUAUUGAGCAAGGCCGAGCCAGACAAUCCGCACUUCCUCGACAUGGUAGCGACGGCAAAGCCCCCAUUCUCAAACAUCCUGCCUUUUCUCCGGAACAUAAUGGAUCACAACGACUUUAAAAAGGGCAGCACACAUGUAUCCCUUUUGGAUGACGAGAGAAACUUGAGAGACAUGGGUGUGCGGGUUGCGCGGACUGUAACAGAUGAGUACGGCCUUGUUCCUCCUGCCGCGUCAAAAGGAGAUCUUGUAGUACUUCCUACCGGAAGCGGUGCACUCUUCGUAGUUCGAAAGGUGGAAAACCAUUAUGUUUUGAUUGGCCCCGCUGGGUUUCUCAAGGAAUUGGCAGAUCCAAUGUUAGAUAAGGUCAACUUGGGUGAAGUGGAAUUCGAGACGAUGGAAUUCCGAUGA